UUAAUCUUACUUCUUAGCGUUCCAUAACUGUCAUUCAUACACGUACACAGUACAAUAUACAUGUACAAUGCAAUGGCGGCUCAGCAUGUGUCUUGCGGGCGAUGCCUCGGCUGUGUUCCCGACAUCUCAAAUUCGAUGCAGCUGGCAUCAUAUGCUGGAUUUGACUUUGUGGCUAUGCCCAUCGUGCAUCCAAGAUUCAAGAGAGAGUUUGUAGAAGGAAAAGCCAAAGACAGAGUGGCAGCAUUUGCAAGAUCAGACUUACUGUUACCAAGCCAAGAUUGGAGCGCCCUGGUUGUUGGAAAGCUGUCGGAAUGGCUUCAGCCAGACUCUGAGAAUGCUGUAGUUCGUCAGAACUCCCAGGUUGCCCUGAUGCAGGAGUUGAACUAUGCGGCCCAUCUGAGUCUACCAGCUGUCCUGGUGCCCUUGAAUAACAUCAACUGUGUUAACUUGGCAAGAUGCCUCUACAGCCACAUGCAGGGUCAUAGCAAUCACCAGGUUUGGAUCCAUGUACCAAUCCAGGCUCCAGGGACUAUGACAGAUGACCUAGUAGAAAACCCUUCAUCGUUUGAUGAAACAGAGAAAGACAACGAGCCUUGGCAUUGGUGGAAUACACUACGGCGGGCUUGUAACCAUCACAAGCGGCUUGGUAUAGCUCUUGAAGCGACAGCAGACCUACCAUCACAAGAGAUUAUUGAUAGGUGGAUGGGUGAACCAGUCAAAUGCGCCAUCUUCUCCACAUCUCUCUUCCUUACCAAUAAGAAAGGGUUCCCUGUACUAUCUAAGGCUCAUCAGUCAUUGGUAAUGCAGCUAUUUAGGCUCGACGUCCAGAUGAUGAUCAAAGGCACCAAUAGGCAUCCAGAUAAAGGAAUCAAGGCUUACCAGCAGUACAUGGAACACCUCUACCAAUCCCAACCACCUCUGGGAGGAGUUGAUGCUUUCGCCAAGGGUUACGAAGACUACCUACAGUGCCCUCUUCAGCCCUUGUCAGACAACUUAGAAUCCCAGACAUACGAGAUAUUUGAGAAAGAUCCUGUGAAGUAUACCCGCUACCAGGAAGCAGUCUUCAAAGCUCUGAUAGACUCUGUCCCAGAGACACAAAAAUCAACAACAAAGACAAUAAUAAUGGUUCUGGGAGCUGGGAGAGGCCCUCUUGUGACAGCAUCAUUAAAGGCAGCCGAGCAGGCUGAGAGGAAAGUCCAUGUAUAUGCCGUAGAGAAAAAUCCCAACGCAGCUGUAACGUUAUUCACACUGAAGGAGGACAAAUGGGGUGAUCUAGUAACGGUCGUUCAGACAGACAUGAGAGAGUGGAAGGCACCGGUGAAGGCAGAUAUCAUUGUCAGUGAGCUCCUUGGCUCAUUCGGAGACAAUGAACUCUCACCAGAGUGUCUAGAUGGAGCCCAACCAUUCCUUAAAGAUGACUGUAUAAGCAUUCCAUGUAAAUACACCUCGUAUCUUAGUCCUCUUAUGUCUCAUAAACUCUACAAUGAAGUCAAGUUAUGUAAGGAAAAGGACAAAAAUCCAGAAGCCCACUUUGAGACACCUUACGUAGUCCGUCUACAGAAUGUCACGGUCCUUGACAAGCCGCAAUCAGUGUUCACCUUCACUCAUCCGGCCAAGCUACCGACAGACAACCAAAGAUACAAGCAUUUGACCUUUGACAUCAAGGAGGAUGCAGAACUUCAUGGGUUUGCAGGGUAUUUUGAUACAGUGCUGUAUGGUGACAUUAUGCUCAGUACUGAACCAAGCACAUAUUCAGAAGGAAUGUUCAGCUGGUUCCCCAUAUUCUUUCCACUAAAAACUCCUAUUCAUCUAAGAGCCAACUCAAAGGUGACUGUCCACUUCUGGAGGAACGUCCGAAGCCGCAGCGUAUGGUACGAGUGGUCACUGACCGAACCUGUGGCUACGCCUAUCCAUAACAUCAAUGGCCAAUCAUACACCAUCAGCUUGUGAUAAUGCAUUCAAUGCUUUGCCUAUCAUAGUAUUUAAACCUUAAUAACCCUAUUCCUGUAUUGGAAAGGUCAUUACUUAUUCCAAUCAACUGCAGCUUGAUUGUGGAGUACAAGGAAACCCAGGAGUCCCACUCUGCUAGAUAAGAUCUCCCAAUGAACAUUCUCUUAGAGCACACCUCACUUGUACGAUGCCCACUGAAAAUACAGGACAACUCCCCCAGGAGGACAAUGCCACUGGAUAAGACUCCACAGUGAAUGUUCUCUCAGCGCACACCUCACUUGUACAAGACCCACUAAACAUACAGGACAUCACCCUAGGAGAGAGCUUUACCAUUAGAUAAGAUUAUCAAAAAAAAUCUUCCCCAUACUUCACUUCCUGAAAAGACAAACUUACAAGUGUCUUCUAGGGGAGGUGUCCUAGAACCAUGUGAUAUUUACAAGAGCCAUGCAAGAACAAUCCUUUGAUGUUAUUCAUUGCACCCUUGUUCUGGAGAUGUGUUGAUUGUAAGGUUGCAAUUGAUUUGAACACUUGUGGUCGAUCCCAUCAAUUAUAGUUCUCUGUGAGACCGCUCCCAGAAGCCACAUCUGUGAAGUACUUUUCGUCUAUUUGUAAUCACAGUAGAAUAGCAAAUGAAAAUUCUUCAAAUUUACUUACAAUGUAAGAAACUUUGCAGGAUUAUAUAUUUUCUUUGAUAAUUGCCUAUUUGCCUACCAUAUCUAAACACACUCUCAACAAGUGAUAUGUGGAGUGUUUCAUGAAACAAAAUAGUCUGUGAAAUUCACCUACAUUUAUUUAUUCUGAACCGGUCAGAUGCUGGGAUUUCAGAAGCAUGAUAAGAGAUGUCAGUGAAAAGUCACUAUUUGUUUCAUAUAUGCUCCCCUGUUGUAAUCCCAUUGUUCUUCACUAUUCAGUAGGUUGGGAUUAGGGGAGGGGGGUGUUCCACAAUUGGUAUAUUCAUGCAUGGCUGUAGAUACACUUUUAUCAUGCUGAGUCAGAUGUAACAGCCAUAUUAUUUCUAGAUCUUGUGAAAAGGUGUGAGAGCAUUUGAUAGCACCUCAGUUCGGACUUUUCUCAAGUCUAUUGUGAGCAAAUAUGAAAUGUACAUGUACAUAUCAAAAUUUCAGUAUAUGUUUGAGGUACGGUACCCAUUUGCCACUCUAUUCAAGUUUAUUAUUGUUGUAUACCGGUAACUCUACGCACAACUGUAUAAAAUAUCCCUGGCAAUUAUCAACAUAUGUUGCAUUAUAUUACAACAACAUCGAUUUAUGUUGCAUCUGAAAGAUUUGUAAUCUUUCACAGAUUUAAAAUGAAUUCAUACAUAAUGUCCAUGUUGAUAUUUAUUAGAAUAAAAGUGAAUGGCUGUUAGGUUUAAACGUAUUAAAGGGAGUUGUAAAUCGUUUGUAUCCACUCAAACAAAUGCAUAUAAUUAUGGAAUUUUAAUGUAUUGACUUAGUGCACAAAAUUCCAAAAGCUUUUCACUGUAUUGCAAUAAAUCUGUGUGCAAGUGCAUCAAUGUGUAUUUGACAAAUGAUGCAUAUUUGUACCAUAUAAAGAACAAUUUUAUCAGCCAAUAAAAAAUGGGGAAAAAGCUGCAGUUAGGACCAAAUAUUCAAUGUGAAAUUUCUCCUAAUUCACAAGAUAAGAGGACAAAAUAUUAAUUGAAAACAUGUAAUUUAUGAACAAAAUACAAAGUCUGUGUGAUCAAAUUUUAUACUGCAACUUGAUGUUUUCUAGCUCUACAUGUAAUAUUAAAUAGACAUGCUCUGCUGUCGAUUGAUGCGAUCAUCAGGAUAGCAUAUAUGUUGCCAUUUAAAAAAAUGAAUGUGACUUACACUCAUGAUGUAAUCAUCACUCUUUAUGUAUCAAAUUCAGGGUCUCUGACCAAGUGGUUAGGGUAUAGUUAUUCUUCUUUACUCUUAGCUUGCCAUAGUGGCCCAAUGGCACUUCAUAUGCAUGAAAAUUCAAUAAACUUGGGAUCUAUUUGGCAUAUUAACAUCUAACUUGAGUUGUCACAACAAAGAAUGAUCAAAUCAACUUCUUAUUCAUUGUUAGUGUGAAGAGGUAGGGGUUUGAUUUACCCCUGUGUGGAACUUUGGAUUCAUCUUGAUUGAAUAUAAUUUUUUUUUUUUUUAUUGGUAUUCAGCAAGAACAUAUCCGAGAUGGGUAAACACAAAAGUAAGAUACAUGUACUUGAGCAUUGUUGCAGAUUAUGGAAUCCACAUGUGAUGUAUUCAAGAUGUUGAAAGUAAAGUUUGAGGACUUCUAGGAAAUGCGAAGACUUUAUUUCAUGAUGGAUUGUUAAUAACAACUGAGCAUACACACUUAAAUCAAAAUUGAUACAUUGCAUGGCUUGUCACUUGAUUUCAGUGUGUGUGCAACUUCCACAUAUUUUAUACGGUGAGCAAUUAGAUAACCUUAAAUUGUAUACUUAGAUGUUUUAUUUAAUUUACUGUAUACAUUCUACAAUAAAACAUGCAGGUUGUUUGGGCAUUGAAUUGGCAGUUUUAGAUAUUAAAAAUUUGGGUACUUGUCAAAAUAUGUAUAGAUAACCCUUCUCUUGUACACAAAAAUAUUUUUUUUUAAUUCUGAGAAUGGAUGUUAGAAAUAGUAAAAACUCACUGUGUAACCACAAUACAUAUCUUACCCUAGCCAAAUCACUAAGCCAUUUAUUGUAUGCUGUUUUCAUUACAUAAGUGGAUUGAGCAAGGAUGCUGACCAAUAAGUAUAUGUGACUUUGUGCGUGAAAAUAUGAAUACUCUACGACCACUAUAAUUCCUGCUAUAUAUCUUUGAUAUGGUCGCAUAAAUGUCUUGGUGUGCUGAAAAUUAUUCUUAAUACUGUCACAUGAUGAUCAAUGAAUAAGUUGAAAUAACUUAUUUUUUACAAAGAAGAUAAAUUUUCCAGUUGAUAUUCCAAAGUUACUCUAUAGUACACAAUACAGUGCUUCUGGGAUGAUUCAAUAAUAUUUAACAAUAUUAUUCUUUUUGUGAACAUUUUCAAGUGCAUCUAUUUGUCAAAGCCUUCAUAUUUUGUAUUGGUUUAUUUCUGGCUGAGUUUUGUUUAUAUUUUUCAGCUUUUUACAACAAAAAAGUGCUUCUUUCCACAUCCGUGAACUGUUUUAAUAUCUGCUGCAAAUAUGGCUUGAUUUUAUUUAGGUCAAUAAAAUAGUAACUAUGAUCGUA